CCCUUGUCCCGGAAGUCCUCAGCUAUAUAUACCCCUCUUCCGUUUUUUUUCCCUCGCUCUAUAAACGCUGGGCAAUAAAGGACGGGGGUUCUUCCGCUGCCUGCGUGUGACGCACUUCCUGUUCACGGCCUUGCCAGAGAAGCUGUGGAAGAGCUGCUGCUGCUGCUUCUGCUUCCAAAGCGGGAAGGCUAGCGAGCUUCGAGAGGAGAGAAGAGCGGAGGGCGGCUGUCGUUUGUUCCCGAAGGAGGAACGAGGAGCGAGCGGGAUUCUUAUCCGAACGCAAUAAAACAUGGUGGACUAUUAUGAAGUUCUAGGAGUGCAUAAGCAUGCCUCACAGGAAGACAUUAAAAAAGCAUACCGUAAACUAGCAUUAAAAUGGCACCCUGACAAAAAUCCAGAUAAUAAAGAGGAAGCUGAGCGACAAUUCAAGCAAGUUGCUGAAGCUUAUGAAGUCCUGUCAGAUACUAAAAAGCGGGAUAUCUAUGAUAAAUAUGGAAAAGAAGGGUUAAAUCCAAGUGGAGGUGGAAGUCAUUUUGACAGUCCAUUUGAAUAUGGUUUUACAUUCCGGAAUCCUGAGGAUGUCUUUAAGGAGUUCUUCGGUGGGGGAGAUCCAUUUUCUUUUGAUUUCUUUGAAGAUCCUUUUGAGGAUUUUUUUGGCAAUAGAAGAGGGUCACGUGGAAACAGAAGCCGAGGCGGUGGUUCGUUUUUCUCUGCCUUCAGUGGAUUUCCUGCCUUUGGGGGCGGUUUUUCUUCCUUUGAUACAGCAGGUUUCACUUCAUUUGGUUCUCUUGGCCAUGGAGGCCUUACUUCAUUCUCCUCCACAUCAUUUGGUGGUAGUGGAAUGGGUAAUUUCAAAUCUGUAUCGACUUCAACUAAAAUAGUUAACGGCAGAAAAAUCACUACAAAGAGAAUUGUUGAGAAUGGACAAGAGAGAGUAGAAGUUGAAGAAGAUGGCCUGUUAAAGUCUUUAACAAUAAAUGGUGUCCCUGAUGAAGAAGUUUUUGCAGCCGAAUGCACCCGCAGAGGACAAAAUGCCUUACCUUUCCAGCCGGCUAACGUCCGUUCUCCAAAGUCCCUGAAGCCCACCACCUACCCCAAGCAUGUCUUCCACUGUAAUAGUGAUGAGGAUGACGACUUGGUGAUGACCAACUGGGAGAAUCCCUUUUAUUCAUCAGGACACAAAGAAGUCAGCAAGCGGAAGAAGCAGAAGCUGAGGGAGGAACAGAAGAAGAAGAAAUCGGCCAAGGCACCAUAUUAAAAUGGAUUCUGAUGUCCCCAGAAGCUAUUCUUUUGUUGUUAUACCAUUUGAUCAUACCCAGGUUCUUGGUGCAUAUAUUUCUUACAGCUAUUCUCACUUAGCAAUGAGAUAACAGUUAAAAUACACUAAAGUUGCACUAUUAUGCUUGAGCACCACAUACUUGUUGAAGUUGCGAUAUAAGAUACCCCAGUUUAGAAAAUCCAUCCCAGUUAGAGUAAACAAGUGUUAAUAGUCAGGAUGUCAGAUACCAUAAAAUACAGCAGAUUUUGAUUAAAAUUGUUGAAGACAUCGUAAUACAAUAGGGCCCUCUUCCUGUCCUGGGUUAAACAUGUUUAUUCAAAGAUUGGUAAGGUGUAAGCAAUAUUGUUAUUUUUUUAAAAAGUCGCCAUCAUGAAUAUUUUUUAAUUUCUAAAAUAAUCCCAGUAGAACUUUAACAUAUUUAAAUUUGUGCCCAAUGAGAAUGGGAUUAAAUUAUGCAUUUACCUGGAUCAUACAGCUGAGAAUUUUUUAGGGAUUGUGGUUUUUAUUUUACAUUUAUUUACCCCCCCCCUCCCCCAGGGAAAAGUAGUUUCCAUUUUGACCUGUGCUAUUAUUUAUGUAUCCUGUAAUGAUUGAACAAUAUAGAUUCACAAAGAACUGUUUUGGGAACUAGAUCCUUGUGAGCAUGUUAUGAUCCCAACAUUUCUAGCAGGACAAAUUAUAGUUGACCUUGGAAACAGUACAUGACUGUCAUUGACUGGAAAUAAGCAGUCAUUACAAAUUGCGCCUAGGUGUGUGUGGUAUAAAAUAAGAAUCAUAGUUACAUUUAGGCCGUCAAAAUUUAUCUUCUUUCACCACAUGAUACUAAAUUGAUCUACAAUAUCAUUCGUAUACUAGAUGUACCCAUAUAUAGCUAAUUAGCUUGCAUUGAGUGGGUGGGCAUGCACAUACAUAAUUGGAAAUUUAAGGAUAUAAAUAUAGCAAGAUUACAUAAUCCCCAUCUGUAUACAUGUAUAAUUUGCAUGGUCCAUGGCUUCUUUUUAACCUCAUAACAAAAUACUAAGCCAAAAUAUCCUUCCAGGCAUGGUUACUAUGAGCUGCCUUCCUGCUAUUUAAUCUACAAAUUAAAAUAGUUGAAUGUUUUGGUCUCCUUUUUUUAUUUCCCUUUCACCAAUAUACUGUGUUGUCUAUUCUCUCUUAUUGAAACCCACGUUUUCUAGAAAAAAAUUUAAUUAUACCAAAAUAUUGUAGCUUAGGUCAGGAAGAGGUGAUGUAAGUGGAUUUACAGUACUUGUUUAGAUUCAAUUGUAAUGCUUCUAUUAUGAAAAUGUAAUCUUAUGCAAUUCAUUAGGAUAUAUUUAAAAGGAACAUGUCUGAUUCAAGAUGGAGAACCAUUUUUUUGUUAUGGAAAUACCACUGAAUUGUUGUGCUGUGUGACUAAUAUUUAAAGAAAUAAAGUAAGUUCCCU